AAGCAAAUCAUCCAUGAUCCAAGUCGUGGUGCCCCGCUGUCGGUCGUUCACUUCCGUGACCCGUACAACUUCAAGCUGCGCAAACAGCUGUUCAUCGUCGCCGAAGGUAUGUUCACCGGACUGUUUGUGUACUGCGGAAAGCGCGCCCAGCUGCAGAUCGGUAAUGUGCUGCUAAUCGGUCUGAUGCUGGAAGGUACUAUUGUGUGCAACCUGGAGGAGAAGACCAGUGAUGGUGGCAAGUUGACCCGUACCUCGGGUAACUACGCUUCCGUGAUUGCCCACAAUCCGGACACCAAGCGUACCCAUUUCAAGCUGCCAUCGGGUGCCAAGAAGGUCCUGCCAUCGGCCAACCGUGCCAUGGUUGGUAUUAUUGCUGGCGGUGGUCGUAUCGGCAAGCCUAUCCUGAAGGCCGUUCGUGCCUACCACAAGUACAAGUCUAAGCGUAACUGCUGGCCAAAGGUACAUGGUGUUGCUAUGAACCCCGUCGAACAUCCCCAUGGUGGUGGUAACCAUCAGCACAUUGGUAAGGCCUCGACCGUCAAGCGAGGAACUCCACCAGGUUGCACGGUCGGUCUUAUUGCUGCCCGUCGUACCGGUCGUAUCCGAGGUGGUAAGGGAGAGGAGAAGUUCAAGGAGAAGGAGAAGAAGUAAGGCACUAGCUGGAGAAGACGGAUUGCAUCCUGAGUUGCAGUUUUGUGUACUGAUAAGCGUAAGGAUCGAUAUCGUUCUGCUGUUUUGAAAUACGCGGGGUAAAGAUAGUAAAGACCGAGUGAAGGAUUAAUAUGGAAUGCUUGGAAAUAAACAAGGAAAUUCCAA